UCUGGGCACCAAUGGAUUUACCUGGGAACAAGUGAACUCAUGGGAGAAGACCACCAUGGACCCGGCCCUGCCAACUGGCUCCUACAUGGUGGUGAAUGCUUCGGGCCGUGCCUCAGGACAGAAGGCUCACCUGUACAUGCCCACGCUAAAGGAGAAUGACACCCACUGCAUCGACUUCCUGUACUCUCUGUCAUCACGGGACGGGGCUAGUCCUGGGACACUCAACGUUUAUGUCAAGGUGAAUGGAGGAGCCCAGGGCAACCCCGUGUGGAACACCUCCGACACCGUCACUGAAGGAUGGGUCAAAGCUGAACUGGCCAUCUCCACCUUCUGGCCCAACUCAUACCAGGUGAUUUUUGAGGCUGUCUCGGUGCAAGGCCACCCUGGGUUCAUUGCUGUAGAUGACAUCCGCGUUUUGGCUCACCCGUGUCGUAAAGCUCCUCACUUUCUGCGUCUCCAGAACGUGGAGGUAAACGUGGGACAGAAUGCCACAUUUCAGUGCACAGCAGGAGGGAAGUGGUCCCAGAAUGACAAGCUCUGGGUUCAGCAGUGGAAUGGUAAAGACAGUGCUCUGAUGGUGACCCGAGUGGUGAACCAUCGACGUUUCUCGGCCACGGUCAGUGUGGGAGACACGUCCCAGAGAAGCACCAGCAGAUACAGAUGUGUGAUCCGCUCUGACGGAGGCUCAGGAGUGUCCAACUAUGCCGACCUCAUCGUCAAAGCUCCCCCCACUCCCAUCGCACCUCCUGAGCUUCUGGCUGUUGGUGCCACCUACCUUUGGAUCAAACCCAAUGCUAACAGCAUCAUUGGGGACGGGCCCAUUAUUCUAAAGGAGGUGGAGUAUCGCACCACAUCGGGAAACUGGGCAGAGACUCAUGUGGUGGACGCUCCCACGUACAAACUGUGGCACCUGGACCCAGAUGUGGAGUAUGAGAUCAAAGUGCUGCUGUCCCGACCAGGAGAGGGUGGGACCGGACCACCGGGACCACCUCUGGUGACAAGGACCAAGUGUGCAGAUCCAGUGCACGGGCCUCAGAACGUGAAUGUGGUGGAUGUGAGGGCUCGUCAGCUGACUGUCCAGUGGGAGACAUUUGGAUACGCAGUCACUCGCUGCCACAGCUACAAUCUGACAGUGCAGUACCAGUACGUGUUCAACCAGCAGGAGUUUUCGGCUGAAGAGUUGAUCCAGACCUCGUCCCAUUACACUCUGAGAGGUCUGAGGCCCUUUGUAACAGUGAGGCUGCGACUGGUCCUGGCCAACCCUGAAGGCAGCAAAGAGAGCGAGGAGAUCGUCAAGCAAACAGAGGAGGAUGUCCCUGGCUCAGUUCCCAUGGAGUCUCUUCAGAACACGGCAUACGAGGACAAGAUCUUCCUUCAGUGGAAAGCUCCCAACGAGACCAAUGGAGUUAUCACUCUGUAUGAGAUCACGUACAAGGCCCUGAGUUCGUGGGACCCCAGUGCUGACCUGAGCACUCAAAGAGGCCGAGUCUUCAAACUCCAGAAUGAAACCCAGCACCUUUUCGUGGGGCUGUUCCCUGGGACCACCUACUUCUUCACCCUCAAAGCCUCCACCAACAAAGGCUUUGGCCCUCCAGUCACCUCCAGAAUCACCACCAAGAUCGCAGCCCCCAUGAUGCCUGAGUACGAGUCUGAAACACCAUUGAACGAAACAGAGACCACCAUCACCAUUUUACUGAAGCCUGCCCAGUCCAGAGGCGCUCCUAUUAGCUCAUAUCAGCUGGUGGUGAAGGAGCUGCGCAAGUCCAAAAGCCGUCGCACCGCGGAGGAGCCCCAGUGUUUCUCAACUCCCUUCAGUUUCAGAAAUGCCUCCAUCUUGGACUCUUCCUACUAUAUGGCCGCCGAGCUGCCCCCCUCCAGCCUCACAAUGGUACAGCCCUUCACUGUGGGGGACAACAAGAGCUACGGAGGCUUCUGGAACCCACCGCUCUCCCCGGCCAAGAGCUACAGCAUCUACUUCCAGGCCGUCAGCCGUUCCAAUGGGGAAACCAAAAUCAACUGUGUCCGCCUGGCUAACAAAGUGGUAAUAGGUAGGGGACAAAUAACAACGCCGUACAUUCUAGUCAUCCCAAGCGAAGGAGUGUCAAGAUUAUUUGGAGCCGUGAUCCAGGACUCGGACGCAAUGGAGCCAGAGAAGCAGGUGGACAGCACAGUGAAAAUGGCCGGAGUCAUCGCUGGGAUCCUUAUGUUCAUCAUCAUCCUCCUGGGACUGCUGCUCGCCUUCAAACGCAGGAAGUUGGCGAAGAAGCAGAAGGAGACAGCCAGCAGCUCCACACAGCAAAGGGAGAUGGGUCCAGUGACCACAGCUGACAAAAGCACCACAAAAGUCAGUACACUGCACAAGGACGACCCCUUCUCCACCUCCAACCAGGAACUCAACGGGUUUGACAGCAGCCAGGCAUCUCUGUCCCAGCCCUCCCUGACCCUUCAGAGUUUCCCAUACGCAGGCUGUGAGUCUGUGGAGCUGUCCUACCAGAGUGGUCAGUUCCAGUCUGGUCAUAUUCCUCCAGCCAUUCGAGUGGCCGACCUCCUCCAACACAUCACACAGAUGAAGUGUGGCCAGGGCUACGGCUUCAAGGAGGAGUAUGAGGCCCUGGCAGAGGGACAGGCGGCCCCAUGGGACACAGCCAAAAAGGAUGAGAACCGCAACAAGAAUCGCUACGGGAACAUCAUCGCUUACGAUCACACCAGAGUGCGCCUGCCGCUGCUGGAGGGGGAGCCACACUCCGACUACAUCAACGCCAACUACAUCGAUGGGUACCAUAGACCCAGACAUUACAUCGCCUCACAAGGGCCCAUGCAGGAGACAGUGAGAGAUUUCUGGAGGAUGGUUUGGCAGGAGAACUCCGCCUCCAUCGUCAUGGUAACCAACCUGGUGGAGGUGGGACGGGUCAAAUGUGUGCGCUAUUGGCCCGAUGAGACAGAGGUGUAUGGGGACAUUAAAGUCACUCUGAUUGAGACUGAACCACUGGCUGAAUACGUCAUACGAACCUUCUCUGUACAAAAGAAAGGCCAUCAUGAGAUCCGGGAGCUGCGGCAGUUCCACUUCACCAGUUGGCCCGAUCACGGCGUUCCCUGCUACGCCACUGGACUGUUGGGAUUCAUCAGACAAGUCAAGUUUCUGAACCCUCCAGAUGCUGGGCCCAUAGUGGUGCACUGCAGUGCUGGAGCAGGGCGGACAGGCUGCUUCAUUGCGGUGGACAUUAUGUUGGACAUGGCAGAGAACGAAGGCGUUGUGGAUAUUUUUAACUGUAUUCGAGAGCUGAGGUCACAGAGAGUCAACAUGGUGCAGACUGAGGAGCAGUAUGUAUUUGUCCACGAUGCCAUCUUGGAGGCCUGUCUCUGUGGAAACACAGCCAUCCCAGUGUGUGAGUUCAGAGCCGUUUACUACAACAUCAGCAGAAUAGACCCUCAGACCAACUCCAGCCAAAUCAAAGACGAGUUCCAGACAUUGAACAUAGUGACACCUAGAGUACGCCCUGAAGACUGCAGUGUGGGAUUGUUACCAAGAAAUCAUGAUAAAAACCGCAGUAUGGACGUGCUGUCUGCAGACCGAUGCCUGCCCUUCCUCAUAUCAGUUGACGGAGAGAGCUCCAACUACAUCAAUGCUGCUCUAAUGGACAGCCAUAAGCAGCCUGCAGCCUUCAUCGUUACCCAGCAUCCUUUGCCCAACACGAUGGCAGACUUCUGGAGGCUGGUGUUUGACUAUAACUGCUCGUCUAUUGUCAUGCUGAAUGAGAUGGAUGCAGCUCAGUUGUGCAUGCAGUACUGGCCUGAGAAGAGCUCGUGCUGUUAUGGACCGAUUCAGGUGGAGUUUAUUUCAGCCGACAUCGAUGAAGACAUCAUCAACCGCAUUUUCAGGAUCUGCAACAUGGCCAGGCCUCAGGAUGGCUAUCGUCUGGUGCAGCACUUCCAGUUCAUUGGCUGGCCGGCCUACAGGGACACGCCCCUGUCCAAGCGCUCUAUCCUGCAGCUGGUGCGCAGACUGGCCAAGUGGCAAGAGCAGUACGACGGAGGUGACGGCCGCACGGUGGUGCACUGUCUCACUGGAGGAGGGCGUUCGGGGACAUUCUGUGCCAUCUGCAGCAUCAACGAGAUGAUCCAGCAGCAGAACAUCGUGGACGUGUUCCACACCGUCAAGACCCUGAGGAACAACAAGACGCACAUGGUGGAGACUCUGGAGCAGUACAAGUUCUGUUACGAAGUGGCCCUGGAGGCGCUCAGCUCAUUCUGAUUGGCUCCCUGGAUCUCCCGCCCUCUCUGAUUGGCCAUGGACACCGCCCGUCAGCCUCAUCCGUGGGACACACAAAGUGCAAAGGAAGCCCGCCCCUGCCCCCUUUGAGCUAGCGAGCGCGUGUGAGUGGAGCGUGCAUGAGAGAAGACCAGAGGGGCAUGAACCUAAACGUGUGCCUGAACCUGUACAGAAGAGUAAAUCACAGACUUUAUAUGCUUGUACAGAAAAACAAAAAAAUAUUAUGUUAAAAAAAUCAAAGUUUUAAAAAAGCGUCAACCCCCUCCGUCCGCUGGGCUGUGAUGUGACUAUUGUACAGAAUCUUUCUUUCGAGAUCUACUCUAUGCCUUGAAUGUUGUCUAUCUCUUACCGCUGAAUGCACAUUUUAAGUUGGAAAAACAUUGCCUUCUUGACUAAUUGAGCGGCGAUGAAGUAUUUAUUCGCAGACGUGGGCGUUACCCGUAAUUCGUCUGAGUGGAUCAAAGCUAAACAAAUAGGCGGGCUUGUUAGCGUUGCAGGCAUUUGCUUUGAAAUCACAAGCUGUUAAAAAUUUCUCUUUAGGGUAGCGCUACACAAAAACAUGAAUGAUAAAUGGGACUGGUGCAGAGGAGUAAUUGGCUACACUGAAUCUUACAUGGGCCAUUUCCUUGAACGCGCCACAGAGAGUCACGGUAAUUAGUUUUCUUUUCUGGAGGGAAAUGCAGAGAAUAUAGAUGAGUAUAGAUUUAUCGCAAAUCCAAGUGGCCCAUUAUAUAUUUUUGUGAAUUUAAAGUGAGACUAAACACCUAAACUCCUCCCACAGCCACUUUUCAAAUAGAGCUGCUAAACUUGGCAGUACCUGGAGUACCAAAGGGGAGAGUGA